CUCACUUCACCUCAGUAAAUUCAACUGCAACACACUCAUCUACUACAACUACGGCGCAAGCAUAUGUUACGAUUCACAAGCUUAACCUCCUAGGUAUAUAAGCGAAACCGGAUUCGAGAUGGCGGAACAUCCUUCGUUCACUCUCGCGGGCUUGCUUGCCGUCGGCGGAACGGCCGGAUAUAUCCGCACACGCUCGCUGCCGUCUAUUAUCGCGGGACUGGGGCUGGGUGCUUCUUAUGCUUACUCCGGCUACCUCCUGAAGAACAACAAGGACUACGGCGCCGAGCUCGCCCUCGGCAACAGCGUCCUCCUGCUGGGCUCUGCGGUGCCCCGUGUCGUCAAGACUAAGGCCCGGGCCCCCGUGCCGUUGGGGCUUCUGGUCGCUGGCGCGCUUGCCACGUUUUACUACCAGAAGAAGUUCCGGGAGUUCCGGUUCGGCGUGUGAGCUGUCGCUGUGAUGAUUACAUGUCCGAGCUCACGCUUUUUGCUGGGAUUUGCUGGGAAGGCGGUGGCUCGACGUAUGGUUCGGCAAGUGGGCGAGAUCUCGAAUGAUCGAUCAUGGGUGUCUGUGAACAGAAAAAAAGGUGAUUGGAUUUUUGAACGGGAACUGGAGCUGGAAUUGAGAUGGUGAUGUGUAUGAUAGGUUAUUGAUAUCCCUUCUCACUCCAACAAGACAUACCUGAAGCUCUCGCUUUUCGGUUUCAU